AUGACUUUACUCCAUGUUAUGUUUCUUGGAAAUUUGAUUUUGCUCUCUGACACUAAACAGUCGAUUGAAACCGAGAGGAUGAACUACAGGAAAAAUGCUGUUGAUUUCAAACUAAACUGGUGCAAAAUGCGCAUGCACAGAUACGACUGGAAGAAUACUAUUGGACAAUGUUUGAAGCAUGUGCCGUGGGAGGACGCACAACCGCUGGACGAGAGCCUUCGAACGCAGGCUCGUAAAAGUUACGUCAAUUACAUGGAUAUUAGACCGGCGGGAUUUUUCAGCAAGAUUUACAUUCAGUCAGUGUCAGCAGAAAACAAAAACAAAACAAUCGGAGGCGAUUCCUGGCGUGUCGAUAUUCGAGGACCAUCUAACAUGGCUGCGACUGUAUACGAUAAGAACAACGGACUAUACGAGGCCGUGUUUUUACCAGAUGAGCCUGGGUCCUAUUGGGCUGAGAUUGUCCUUGAUUACUCUUUAUGCGAGGGUUUUAAAGAUCCUCCUUUGGACUGGUUUAUACGAGGUAAAACGUUAUUAAUCGGCUUGUGCCGACACACAAACAAUCAGAUUUCUCUUAAAGGGCACCUCUGGAAGACACAUCUCCAAGGAGAUGGUCUCUGUCGUUCCCCAGUCAUUUUCUUUGGCUCAUAAGGCGAACAUCUCUCAAGAUAGAAACUUAGUCCCGCAAACAAUGGUCCCCCUUGGACAGAGUUGUCUUUUUCGCUCGUUUAGUUGAAAGUUAGAAUUGACCUUUUCUAGCCUCAAUAGAAGUCAAAUUGGCCAGUCGCGAUGCAUGAUUUUAGCAGCAAAUUAAAUUGACUUCCGGAUAGCCAUAAGUUCCUAAAAUUUUUCGGUGUUUGAAGUAUUAAUUUCCUGAUUCGUGGCCGAAUGACCUUUGGAUAAAAUCUAGUUAAAGGCUACAAAACCUUCUUAUAAUUAUUGUAAUAGUCAGGGAGAACGCGUUUACGGUGACUUGAUUAACUUGAUGAAUACCUCGGAGAUUUUGAUUUUCAAAUCACUUGACAUUUUGCAAACCGUGCAGAAGUACCGCAUUUUUAUCCGUCGCCAGGACUUUGCAUGCACCGACAUCUCCUACCUAGUGAAACUUUUACCUAUAAAAUCUCUCAGAGAUUAUGAUCAAGAACUUAUAUCAUCGAACUGUUUCAGUCACCUAAGAAAAGGAAUCAUUUAUAAUUAAAAGAUAAUAAUUCUUUUUUGUUUACCAAAUACUUGCUCUGUCCCAGUUGCUAAAGGAAAUCUUUUUCUCAGAAUUUUAGAGACAGAUGACAUUCUUGUUACCUAGCAACCUAAAUGCAAAAUUCUUGAGCGCAUGUUCCCUGAUCAAAAGCUCUCUCUUUUCCCAGGCUGCCGGCACGGUUCAUUUCAGCCUCAGGGGAGCCUAGGUAACAGAACUCAUGAUUUCUUACAGGAGCUUCUGGCUGACGGAAAAAUUACGUUUACUGUUCCCGCGUCACCAGCGUCCUUCACUAAAGGUGAUCCUUGACAGUGAUAUAGUUAGGCUAAUAAAAUGUAAAAGGGACUAAGAAUUUCGUUCCUAUUGACCUGAUAUCGUAGUCAAAUGAAGUCAAGUUUCUGUACUAGAUUUUGGAAUGCAGACUCUCAAUAGUUCCUGUGAUGAGGCAGAUAAGACUUCAGACUCUAAGGCCCGUUUCAAACGUCGUGCUACUGCCGUGCCGAACUCAAUUGAUCGAAUUAAAUUCGACUUCAGCACGGCAGUAGCACGACGUUUGAAACCAAGUCGUGCUACUGCCGUGUAGCACGGCAAGCCUUGCCGUGCUAAUAUCGUGCUGAAGUCGAGCUAAAGUCGAGCCAGCUUAGCACGGCAGUAGCACGACGUUUGAAACAGGCCUAAGACUUGUACGACUCAAGAACGAAUCCAAUUUCAGAGUCUGCUUUCUAGUAAUAUCAACUUGCUUUAUUAAGUGUGCUUUUUUCCUCCUUAGAACUGAACGGAUUCAAAGCCGUAAGCCAAACAGCGUGUCGAGAGAAUUGCAAUCUACUUGUUGACGGUUAUGGAACAUGGGCAGGAGAACAAUGGAGAGCAUAUCAAACAGGUACAGUGAAAUUAACCCAUGAUCAGGCUUCUAUUUAGCCGCCACAAUUGGUUAAUAUCAGUAAUAUGCCUACAUAAAGUAACCUCCGAGGGAAUCGAGAAAAACUGCCAGAAAACCCGCGUGGAAGCUGGGUAGAGACGGGAAGUGGAACCUCUGUGAGCAUUGUUUUCAAUACCUCAUUCUGGUAUACCAGCCCCUGGUAUACCCGAUGAUUGGUCAGUCUUGACAGUUUACGUUAACAGGUUAAGUCAAUCAAUCACUUGACUUCGCGCGGACAGAGUAAAACAAACACGUUGAGCGUGUGAAACCUUCCCACAGGGCGCAUUUUGACAUUUUGAAGGCGGGAAGGGUAGUGGGUGGACUAAGGUAUUUGAAAAGAUUGGUUGGUAGAGUGACUGCCUUCGAGUGAAAGUCGCUGCAUGGCUUUAUAUCCCUGCUGAACCACGCCAAUCGUGGUCUAUAAAGAUAAUUACGUCAUUCGACAAGGGGUUUUCCUGCUUAGGCAGGACUAAAAUUUCAAUACAAAGGUAAAGUGACACUCUCUGAAAUAGUCUAGCAAUGAACUGAGAACUAACAAAAUAUGCAAAGGUAAAUUUCCUUCUGCCCUCUUUGAAUGACAGAUGCCAUUGUAACUCAGCAAAGAACAAAACUCUUAAACAAAAAAAUUGCCCUUGUUCCAGUCCUUUUUGCCGUCUAGGAACAUUGAAGGACGGAAAAUAUUGUAGAGAGGUCGAUUUCUGACAACCGAAAAUUGUAUUUUAUUAUUUACAGGUCCUCCUUUGGGUCUCAGAAAAUCAGGCCAUCUACAGGGCCGCGGUGUAUUAUGGGUUUACGGUGACUCUCUCAACCGGUACUUUUUUCAGUCCAUUUUACAACGUCCUCUCUGCUGGCAGGUGUUUCGCGCCUGUUAUCACACAAUGUUAUGGGUGUAUGUGUUGACACAGACCGCCAAGGAUGAAAUGAACUUGAUGUUUGGCAAGAGACCUAUUAACAUUCCCAGGAUUCUUUACGAGCUACAGACCGUGGUGACGCGCUCAGACAUGGAUCAGGACAGCGCGCUAAUUUUAAAUGCCGGCGUGCAUCUGUUAAAAAGCGCCAGUUUCUACGUUUAUCAAAAGAUAAUCAAUGGAUUAAUUGGCGUGCUGAAGCGGUAUUAUCGAGGUGCUGUUAUUUGGAAGAGCACCACUGCAAUCCACGAUCAGAGAGAACUGUACAGCGGCUGCUUCAGGAGAUUUCAUACCGAACAGGUAAGCUUGCAAUGACAGGUACUGCCACAGGCAUACCAGGUUUUAUUGGACAUAUGAUCUCUCACGUGACCGAUAAGAGCAUAAGUGAACUGGUGAAUGUAAGUGAUAACGUCGAAAUGUCAGUUUCGUUUGCCUUGAAUUUCAGCCCACACGAUAAAAGGCUUUAAACAAACUGGAACAUAAAGGUGAUCAAAUUUAACGGCAGAAUUACUAAAAAAGAAUUAACUUGGUCAAAUUAAAACAAUCAGUAUGAAAGAAAGAAAUAUUGAACCGAAUGACAUUAUCUGUUCUUGAAAAAUCGAACAAGUGUCAAAUACUCGGAAAAACAUACAAGCGCCAAAGAAAGAGCAGCCGGCAGUGAACAUGAGAAGAGCAAGUCUAAGAUAAUAACAAAAUGCGAGGAAACUAGGGCAAACGCAAGAAACCCCGAAACACUAAGUCAAUGGGCGAUUGAUUUGUAUGUUUUUGAGAUUAUUUUGAAGUUCAUUGAAACUAUAUCUCUUAAUAAUAAUAAUAAUAUCUCUUAAGGAUAUUUAUCGUCUAUGUGAGCAGUCAUAUAAAUGUUGUCAUGUCGAGUAAAUAUUCACUUAAAUUUUAAACAUAUAAUCGAGUUCUUUGUCUCCGAAUAUUGAAAAAGUCGGUUGAAUAUCAGCUUCAAGUUCAAAUUAUUUGUUUCGUUUCCUUUCUGCCAGCGUGUGCAGCUUUUCAACGCUUACGCAAACUGGGUGAUGUGCAAGGCCGGAUUCAUGGUACUUGAUGUGUACCCGGUUUCGAGCUCCUACCCAGGAGGGACCCUGGAUGGCGUACACUACAAGGACACAGUAUUUAAUCCAGCGGCUGACGCGAUAGAGAGAUACUUUCAGACUUAA